GAUAAUAUGCCACGCCCACUUAGCUGAUUUUGCUUAAGUUGAAAAAUAAACAAAAUUAAAAUUCUUUGUUCUCCAGUGUAUCUCACUGCUAAAUUCCGUAUCAAUUUUUCUCGAAAAUACCUCCAAGUGAUUUAUAAAAUGUCUGGGAUUGUUUCAAAAACAGCUCCCGUCUUCAGAAGAAGCUUCAAAGUGCCAAAUUCGGACGCCCUGCGUUGGUUUCCAGGACACAUGGAUAAAGGAAUAAAGCAAAUGGAAAAUAAGCUGACCCAAGUUGAUUGUGUCAUUGAAGUUCAUGAUGCAAGGAUUCCAUUGUCAAGCCGAAAUCCAAACUUCCGACACUCGUUUUUGGGCACGAAACCGCACCUUCUAGUGCUUAACAAAAAAGAUCUAGUCGACAUGAGUCUAGUCAAUCAAAUAGAAGAGCGGCUGAGGGUUGAACACGGAGUGUCUGAUGUUAUGUUCACCAAUUGCAAGGAUGACAAGGACAGGAACGUGGACAAGGUGGUACCUAAAGCCAUCGAACUUAUCUCUACCUCUCCCAGAUACAACAGGGAAAACUCUGAUGAAAUUAACUUGAUGAUCAUCGGAGUUCCCAAUGUUGGCAAGUCUUCUUUGAUAAAUCGAAUCAGGAAUAAAGCCAUGAAGAGGAAAAAUGCCGCUCCUGUUGGCGCUGUACCGGGAAUCACAAAGAGUUUGAUGACGAGAGUCCGAGUGAGCAACGAGCCGCCGGUGUUUUUGUUUGACUCCCCUGGUAUUCUUACUCCGAAUGUGAAAAACGCAGAAACUGGAUUUCGAUUGGCACUUUGUGCUUGCAUCAAAGACCACUUAGUAGGAAUUGAAGUGAUAGCAGACUAUUUACUCUACACUCUAAACAGGCACCAAAAUUUCAGCUACGUCGAAUUGAUGGGUUUGGAAGGUCCCACUGACAACAUCGGAACUGUUUUAACCAAAGGAGCGAUGAAACUCAAGAAGUAUGAAAAAAGAUUAAGUCAUGAAGGUUACAUAAAUCGACCUCACCUGUCUGCUGCAGCCGAGUUUUUUGUUCAAGCCUUUCGUGAGGGCAAAUUUGGCCCGAUGAUGCUCGAUGUCGACUUCCUCGAAGGUAGAAAUUAAGAAAAUGCAUUUGCAGAAGUUUGAAAUAGCUGAUCUGUGAUUAAUUUUGCGCCAGUUAGAAGGAAAUUACGCACAAAUGAUUAUGUAUUUUUUGUGAAAAAUAUUCCAACUACUAUCAUUACGUCCUGUGCAAUUAUUGAAACUAUAACUCUUGUUCCAAGCAUAAAUGUUAAAACCAAUUUAGAUCUUUGCGAGUUGAAAUGUACUAAAUAAAACCAAAAGGCCAUCUGUUAAUC